AUGGAAAGUAAACGAGUUUCCUGAAAGCAAUCUAAAGACCUAUCAUCUCAAUAUAAUGAGCUCGCCAGCAAAUUUGAUAACGCAAUAAAACCUCUGACUCUUGAAGAAAUAAAUUCCAAAAAUCGAUUCCCUCAAAUGGUGUGGGAAAGAAUGGAUAGUGCUGAUAAUAUAAAGAAAAGCAGUGAGCAUUUGAGAAGAGAGUUAGAAUUAAUUAGCAGCAAAAAAGAGGUCUCGACAAAUUUUUUCGAAAUAUGGUGAAGUCGAUUUCAGAAAUUCAUAGAAGUCGAUUAGAGAAAAUCCAUUGAGGCAGAUUAUAGUAAAUAACUGGAAAGUCGAGUAUUAUAAAUUUUAUAUAGAAAACUUAAUAGAAAAAAUUAUUUUCACGUGGUCUGUUAUAAAAAACUUACCCCUCUCUCCGUGAGCGAGCAAAAAAAUCUUAUUCGGGUUAUUUUUUUUUUAAAAAAAUUUAUGUAUAAAAUUUAUAGAAUUUUUUUUUCUCAAAAUUUUAAAAAAAUCCCAAUUCACAAAAAUUGGAAAGUAAAUAUUAGUUUAAUUUGUAAAAUUUAUGUUUUUAAAACGCAAUGUAUUUAAAAUUAAACAGAAUUAGCCAUAGAUUUCAUUAUACUAAUUAUCCCUUCUAUGUCAAAAUUUUUUCAACUAAAAAAAUUUUGUUUAUGGAGGGUGGGUUUUUGGGCAAAAAAUAGGAAUUUUUCUAAUGGUUUUUGUUCGUUCACGGAGGGGGGAGUUAGGAAAUCGUGAAAGCGAAACUAUGAGAGGUAAAUAUUAUAGCACAUGGAAAAGUCAGCCAAGAAAGAAUGCUUUCAAGUUGCAAAUAUGAAAUCUCAGCAAGUAGGUUAGACAUAUAAAAAUUUAAUAAUGCUUUGAAGUCUUUGAAUAUAAAUCAACAAAAGUUGCUAAUAUGAAUAUUUGGGAGGUAGUUUAUGCAAAAAAACUUCAUUUUCAUGUUUUAUCCCUUUCAUUAUCAUAGAGCAUAAAAUGCAUAUGACCCUUUGAGGUAAAGAGAAAAAAUCAAAUAUCGUUAGUUGAACAUUGCAACCUACACGUUGAAUCUUUUCUACGUGUGAAAAGAUGAUUCCACAUAUAGGUUGCAAUGCUCAAAAAACAUACAACUAACGAUAGCGAUUUUAAAAUAGUCACAAGUCGAAAUGCAAAACAGUAAGAAGUUGGUUUUAAAAGACAACAAAGAAAUCGAUUAUUUUUUUCCAAUAUAAUGAAAACGUAGUAUAGCCCCCGUUCCAGGCUAUAGUCGAAAAAUACAAAAAUAUUUUAUUUAAAAAUUUCAUUAAAUAUAUAAAUUAAAUCAAUCUUAGUCAAUAUUAAAAGAAAUUCAAUUAAUCAAAAUUAUUAAUAUUUAAAACCUGAAUUAUUUUAUUAGGACUUUAGAAGCCAGUAAAAUGCAUUAAAUAUUAACUGUCUUCAAGAUUGAAAAUUUAAAUCUCAAAAAUAUUGAUUUUCUUCUUAACAUUAAAAUUUGUGCAGCUAAGAAAUCGACUUUCUCCAUAGAAGUAUACUAACACAUCUCGUGAUAUAGAACACAGUUACUUGUCUUCAUAUUUGAAACUUGAAAGCAUUCUUUCUUGGCUGAUUUUUCCAUGUGCCAUAAUAUUUGCCCUAGUUUCGCUUUCACGAUUUUCCUAUUUUUUUUAAUAACAGACCACGUGAAAAUAAAUUUUUCUAUUAAGUUUUCUAUAUAAAAUUUAUAAUAAUCGACUUUCCAGUUAUUAACUAUAUUCUACCUCCAAUGGAUUUUCUCAAAUCGACUUAUAUGAAUUUUCCAAGAUCGAUUUCACCAUAUUUCGGAUAAUUUUGUGGAGCCAAAAAAGAGCGUGAUUUUCAAAGUCAAAAAGGUCCUAGCGAGAGUAUGUGGAAAAAGCACGAGAAAUUGCUCGAAGAAUUGGAAAGUGAUUCUGAGCUUCUUCCAAAGCCAAAAAAUUCAAUGCAGAAAUCAUCAAAAUUGUCAUUCCUUGAUGUUAUCUCAAAUCACGAAGUAAAAGAAUUCAUGAAAAAAUACUACAAAGAAAGCGAUGAAAUUACUACAAAAGAAUUCAUAGACUGCUUAGAAUUCGAAUACCCACUAUUGAUGGAUACUGAAGGAAUAAAAGAAGAGCUUGCACAAAUUUUAUCAAUCGGAGGCCAAAAAACAAUAUCGCUCAAUGCUUUGGAGAUUUUUACAAGAGACCAAGGCCUUGAAAAUUCAAUCGCAGCAUUGAAGACUCAAAUAAUAGAAAAUAUUCAAGACAGCAAAAAGCAAAUCAAUGCACAGAUAGUUGAUGAGCUUAUGGAUAUAAAAGAUGCUCUUGAUAUAAAAAGCCAAGAACUUGACCAAAGAGAAGAAGAAGUUAGCUUUAAAGAAAAAGAAAUUCUAGACAGAGAAGAAAAUCUGAUGAGCGAUAUUCAAGAAAGAGUGCUGACCUAUGCUAAUCAAGCGAGGGAAAAAAUUAAAAGCGAAAUUAAUGUGCAGCUCAAGAGACUAAAAUCGCUUGAAGAAACUGUUUCUGAUAAGCUUAAACUGCUUAAGUCUAAACUAGAGCCAAAGAAGACUGGUACAGAUUUUAGCAAAUCCCAAGAUGCUAACGCAAAUAAAUAUAAGGCAAGGAUUCAAAGUUUGGAGAAGUCAAACGAGCACUUGAAAAAUAAAUUAAAUACAAUAGAAGCGGAAUCUAAAAAUGAUAAAAAUGCCAUUUUGAAGCUACAAGAAGAAAUUUCAAGGUUGAAAUCACGCAAUUCCAUGCUAGAGCAGUCUGUUAUGCAAAAAUCAAAGAUAAUUGAGCCUGAAAAAGUGGUAACCCCAACCCCUAUCACGGUUGAAAAAGAGUCAACUAAGUUAAUAUCUAUGACACCAGAGCUCUCGAUUAGCAUUAAUACAAUUUACACACUUUUAAACUGCAGCAGACUCACAGUUUCAUAUAUAGCAGCUCCUUCAAGUCCUCGCUCCGUAGCAUCUCAUAGAACGAGCAUCAUUACAGACGAUGUUCAAGGAAAUAUUGGUGAAAUUUAUUACCCUUCGUUCAAUACUCUGGCUCCCCAACUGAUUGAGCUUCUUCCCUUUAUCGACAAACUUAAGAAUUGCCAGGCUCAAUUUACAAUGCUUUGGGGUUUAUGAGAGUUACUAAUUUUUGCACAAAACAAUCAUACAGAUAAUGUUGAACGGAGAUAUUGUCCAAAUAAUUUAGAAUUUAUUCCAUCCACAGAAGUCUGAAAGAAAAAAUUAGCACAGGGCAAGCCCAAGUCAUCAAGAAGACCUCUAUAUCAAUUAUUUUCAUCAAAUUCGAUUCAUAAAGCAAUUGGAUAUUACUUAUCAAAAUUGAUCGAAAAGAAAGGAAAGAAUCAAAGAUCGAAAGAAAUAAUCCAACUAUCAUUGAUUUCAUCUCUAUUAGCGUUGCUUCUUUCAAUAUCCAAAAAAAGAAUAGAAAUUGCUCUAUUGAAUAUCAAAAAUUUGAUCACAGAUCCAGAUAACCAGGAUACUGUGGUUGACAUACUUUUAGUAGACAUCAAAGGAAGCAUUCAAACGAUUCUUCAUUUCUUGGAAUUAUCUGAUGAGCUAUCAUGCCAUGCAAUAGAUAUUCUUCUUUCUUUAACAAUAGAUCAGUCCUACUUCUCUUAUUUUAUCCAGCAAUGCCAAAAUCAACAGGUUAUUAUCACAAUUUCUGAAGCUUGCAGAAAAGUUGUAGCUAGAGGACUGAGAUCUGGCAAGGCAGAUUAGAUUAGAUUAAAAUUAUAGCAGGUCGUAGGGGUUUAUUUCAGCCCCUCGCUGUCCAAUGGAUAGCUUCGCAGUGACGCUAAGCGCUAUCCUCACACCACCUUUUUCUCUUCUGACGUCACCAAAAAAUGGUGACGUCAAAGGUCUAACGGGGGGGAGACACCUACCGAACAGAACCAACGGUCUCCAAAAUUCAGCAAAAGACUCCCUUAACCUCUGACAGGGCUCAGAGUAAAGGGGGAAUCGCCUUUUGCCUCCUCCAUGGCCUGUCAGAGCCCUAUCGCAGGCUCGGAAAUGCUCCCAUGGAGUGGUAUCGGGACUUUGCGCCGGUAGGGUCAUCUCGUAGGUAAGGAAAAAAGACCAGGGUUAGCCCCUAGGCCAAAAAACCCACCCCGGAGAACUAUCGCCAUGUGGCUCACCUUUCCUGGGCCCGGAUCAACUCACGGGUCAUCAGGAGUCUACUUCAGAUCACGCCAUUUUAAUAAUUCUUGGCAAGGUAGAAGAAUUUGAAGAAAGCUUAUUGAUUUUGCUGCAAAGAUUAACCUCACAAGAAAGUUUGAGAUCCCUAUUUAGAGAGCAAGGGAUCUGUGAAAUUCUUUUGCAAAGAUCUAGGAAUUGCGAGGACCAAGGCUUUUUCACAAGCAAUUUAAAUUCAAUUAUAAGAAAUUUAACUUAA